GUCUAUCUCCCACUUACAUACACACGCAGUCAUACAAACACAAACCCUUUCUUUCUUUGGCGUCUCCGACAUCUUUUCCGAUCAUCUUCAAUGGCCGCCGGCAACACCGACUUCGAUUCUUCUCUUCAUAACUCCUCUCAGAUCUCCAGAGACAUGCAGGGGUCUGACAGUUCCAUUCCGCUUUCGCCACAGUGGCUUCUGUCGAAACCCGGGGAGAAUAAGCCUGGAGCUGGAAAUCGGGAGGGGAACUCUAGUCCCUUUCCGACGUUUGGCAAUCGAGUGGAUAUUAUGAAAUCACCUGGAAAUGAUGACCGUGUCCUUGAUUCUCAGAAGAAAAAGGAUGUGUUCAGGCCUUCUGUGCUUGAAAGCCGUGAGCGCUGGCGUGAUGAGGAGAGAGAUACAAAUUCAUUUGUUCGCAAGGAUAGGUGGAGGGACGGUGAUAAAGAGGUUGCAGUUGGGGAAAAUCGGAAGUUGGAUCGUUGGGUUGACAACUCCACUGCUGGAAAACACUAUGGAGAAACGCUGCGUCGUGCACCAACUGAAAAAUGGGGAGAUUCCGGUAAUAAGGAGACGAGCAAUGAUCAGCGCCGUGAGAGCAAGUGGAACCUACGAUGGGGCCCUGAUGGCAAGGAAACUGAUGGUAUGCAUGAUCAUGAAGCACCUCAUGAGCGGGAGGGUGAUCAUCCUCGCCCAUGGAGAUCCAACUCUGCUCUUAAUCGGGGCAGAGGUGACUCACAACAUCACCAGAGUCCGGGUGUAAAUAAGCCGACUCCCAUGUUUACCCAUGGUCGUGGACGUGGGGAGAAUCAUAAUCCAACUUUUUCUCUUGGUCGCGGAAGGGGGGCACCUGGUGGUAGCCCUAUGAAUAACAAGUCUACUCAUUUGCAGUCUGCAGGGUCCUUUACGGACGUGGGUGACAGGUGGCAUGAUGACAUGUCUCCCCUGAGAUAUACCAGGGCAAAACUACUUGAUGUGUACAAGGUAACUGAUUUGAAAGGAAGGAUGCUAGAUGGUGUUGGGCAAGUGCCUUCACUUACGCAGGAGGAGGCACUGGAGCCUCUUGCACUUAUUUCACCUACCUCGGAAGAACUGUUCAUAUUGAAUGGGAUUGACAAAGGGGACAUCCUAAGUAGCGGUGCUCCUCAAAUCACCAAAGAUGGAUCUAUGGGCGAUAGUCAGUCAAGAAGACCCAAACUUGGGAGUAGAGAAGAUCUACCGCUUGCUUCUGAUAAUCAUAAAGACGAGACUUUUGAUGGUUUUAAAGCAACAGGGGACACUGGUUCUCAUGUAAGGAAUGAAGAGAGAGUAAAUAUUAGAGAAUCAAGAGUGCCAGGUCACCCUGCAGGGGGGGCUUGGCGAUCAUUAUCGAUUGGACAACGUGCACAACAAAACUCUGUUGACACGAGGGAUAUUCCCACCGAGAUGAGGUCAUGGUCACACCCCCAAGAGGAUACAUCUAAUGAAUGGAGUAGCAAUUUAACUAGUCCAGUUAUUAAAAGGCAACCCCCUGGAAUAGUGGAUAGAGAAGAAACAAGAACAGCCUCUCAGCCAUCACCUGAAGACUUGGUCCUUUUCUACAAAGAUCCUCAAGGUGCAAUUCAAGGCCCUUUUACUGGCAGUGAUAUCAUUGGAUGGUUUGAGGCUGGGUACUUUGGGAUAGAUUUGCUUGUACGUCUUGCAAAUACACCACCAGACUCACCAUUUGCAUUACUUGGUGAUGUUAUGCCUCAUCUGCGUGCCAAGGCAAGGCCACCUCCUGGAUUUAGUGCUGCUAAACAAAUUGAAGUCAAUGAUGAGCCCAGCAUGCCUAAUUUUCUUAGUGGUAGUAACAAGGUUCAAGCAGGCUUGAGUGAGAAUCCGAUGAUGAAAACUGAUCCAAGAUUUCAACAUGGCUCAACUGAGGCUGAGAAUAGGUUCAUCGAGUCCCUCAUGUCUGGUAAUAUGAGUGGUGGUCCAUUGGAUAAGUUUGGUACGUCUGAAGGUAUGCAGGGGUAUUUUGGGAACUCUAGCUCAGUUCCAGUUAAAGGAACAGAGAGUGGAGAUAACUUGUUCCAGUUAGCCAAGUUAAUGCAGCUUGAAAGGCAAAAGUCAUUGUCAAACCCCUACUCACUUUGGUCAGGGAGUGGUCCUAAACCCGAUAUUCUUCAGGAUCCUUCAAUUCCACAGUCAAACAUAUUGUCAGCCGUUGCCGAUAAUCUUCGUCAACAACCUUUACCUACAAAUGCUUCAAAUCCUGAGUUCAUGUCUCUUCUCCAAGGUCUAUCUGAUAGGUCUACGCCUCCAGUGAAUAGUUGGUCAAAUUUCCCUGUUCAAGGUGGGCCAGGGUUGGAACCACAUCAGGAUAAGUUAGACAUGCUUCAUGGUAAGCAGUUCCCUCUUCAGACAGGCUAUGGCAUCCAGCAAAGGCUGCAACCACAGAAUCUACCUCCCACCCUGGCAAAUAUACGCUCUCAGGGUUUUGAUAAUUCAUCUGGUAUACUAACUCCUGAAAGGCUUCUAGCUUCUGGGCUCCCUCAAGAUCAAAUAAUAAAUUUGUUGCAACAGCAGCAACACAUGUCACAGAUGAAACCUCAGGCUCCCACAUCUACACAACAGCUGUCAGUAUUGGAUGAGUACUUGUUGCAGCAGCUGCAGCAACAAAAGCAGGAACAGUUGCAGCAACAGCAGCAGCAGAUAAUGCGCCAGCAACUUCUCUCUCAAGUCCUUACGGAACAGCAUUCUCUACCACGUUUUGCCCACCAGACAUGUGGGCCGAUGCUGACCCCCGGGUUACCUGUAGGGAAUUCUGCAGGGUUUCCCCCACAUGAGAUAUUGCAAAUGGGAUUACAUAAUCAAGUUCCUAAUAUGCAUGAUAUGGCGGCUACUAAGAUUAAUCAGAUGCCUACAGUUGGUCCUCAAGACUCUGUACAUCUACCCCAUCAAUUGAUGGAUAAUGCAAUGCAACAAAAGGGGCGUGAUGAGUUUGUUCAUCACAUCGAUGCUGAUGUACAUGACCAGAUUGAUAAUAGGACAGAUGAAAAUGUGAUGGCACCUAUUUCCAAUGCUGCAAAAAUUUGUGAGUCCACGGAAUGUCAUGAAAAACCAUUGUUUGAGCUUGAAAUGUUAGAGCCUGAAAGUCAUGGUAAUUUUGAGGAGCCACCAGCUGAUGUCAAUGAGAGGUCAAAGGAUCAACGCGAAUCACCUAAUGAAAUAUGCGGUCUAAAAGAAGCAAACCCAGUUGAGAUGUCAAAGGAUCAAAGCAAAUCACGUAACGAAGUAUGUGGUCCAAAAGAAACAAAACUUGAAGCUCGUGAGGUUAAAAAAGCUACUGAGAAGAAGUCAAAGAAACAGAAGUCUUCCAAAUCACAAUCUUCUGACUUGGCCAAGACAACAUCUAAAAAGCAGCAGCCAAAGCCAUCUGAAAUCGAAGCCAUCAAGGUCGAUGAUGAUGAAACGGUAGAGACCAAAUCUGCUGUAGUCAAUGAAGAGCCUGCAACUAUGCUUGGUGAUGUUAACCAACAAGAUAGCACGCGAGUUCAAACUGCCCAACGAGCUUGGAAGCCUGCUCCUGGCUUUAAGCCAAAGUCAUUAUUAGAAAUACAGCAGGAGGAGCAGCGAAGGGCACUGGCUCAGGCACAGUCCCGGGCAGAUAUGAUUGUUGCUGAAAUUACAGCAUCUCUAGGGUCAACGAAUAUAUCCUCCACUCCUUGGGCUGGUGUUGUUGGUAACUCAGACCAGAAGCUCAUGGACACUAAGAAAGAUUUGGCCACUUCUGAGGUCCAGAUUCCGCAGCAGAGCAAGAGCCAGUUGCAUGAUAUUUUGGCUGGAGAAGCGCCUGUAAAAUCUAGUGAAAAAAAUUCAACUUCUGACCGUGUGCUGACAUCCAUGGUAGGUUCUCAAUCUGAUAUGGUUGAAGAAGGUAGCUUUAUUGAUGCUAAAGAGUCAAAGAAGAGUCGCAAAAAGUCUGCAAAAGCUAAGGCUGCUGUUGCUAAGGUUUCCGCGCCUGCUGCUGCUGCUGCUGAAGUCACAGUUAGUUCAAGUCCGGUCGAGAAAGGCAAAAGUUCACGUCAGGAGAAGGAUAUAUUACCAGCUGUCCCUUCUGGUCCCUCAUUUGGAGAUUUUAUGGUCUGGAAAGGGGAGACUGCAACUCCUUCACCUGCCCCAGCUUGGUCUACUGAUUCAGGGAAAGUUCCGAGACAUACCUCCUUGAGGGACAUUCUCAAGGAACAAGAGAAAAAGGUUGCUUCUCAAAUGCCAGUGCCAGCACCAAAAUCUUCACCUGCUCAGUCCAUCCGUGGAAAUGGUCCUUCUUGGUCGUCUUAUGCCUCAUCGCCAGUCAAGGCAGCAUCUCCGAUCCAGGGCAUGUCACAUGGUUCAUCUCAAUCAAAAAACAAGGUUGACGAUGAUCUGUUUUGGGGUCCGUUAGAUCAUCCCAAGGAAGAAGCGAAACCGUCUGAUUUUCCUCAACUUGCAAAUCAAAGCAGUUGGAGUAAGAGCACUCCUGGAAAAGCAAUUUCAAGUCGUCAGAAGUCUGUGGGUGGCAGGCCUGCUGAAGCAUCACUUUCCUCAUCUCCUGCAUUGAAAGGGAAAAAGGAUGCAUUGGCUAAACAUUCAGAGGCCAUGGACUUCAGAAAUUGGUGCAAGAGUGAGUGUGUCAGGCUUCUUGGAUCCAAAGAUACAAGUUUUCUGGAGUUCUGCUUGAAGCAAUCCAGAUCAGAAGCAGAGAUACUGUUGAAGGAGAAUCUUGGCUCUUAUGAUCCUAACCAUCAAUUCAUAGAGAAGUUCCUCAACUACAAAGAUUUUUUGCCUUCAGAUGUCCUUGAUAUCGCCUUUCAAAGCGGGGAUGAUGAAAAAUCGAGUAGAGAUCUUAAUGCAGUCGAUGAUGGAAUAUGGGGUUCUGAUUUGGGUAGUAGUAAAGCGACAGUUGUGGUGACCGCAGAUGGUGGUCCUGCCAAGGGGGCAGGCAAGAAGAAAGGAAAGAAAGGCAAAAAGGUUAGCCCUGCAGCUUUAGGUUUCAACGUGGUUAGCAACAGGAUUAUGAUGGGAGAGAUUGAGACAGUUGAGGACUAGGUGAAGAAAGCGAAGGUUUCUUUGUGUUCUUUGUUUCAUUGUAGUUGUAAAUACUUUGCCUCGAAUGAGAGAGCGAGAGAUAGAUAGAUAGAGCUGUCUGUCUGUACAUGAUAAUUUUGAAGUUUAGGGUCGUCUUUUUUUUUCUCCGGUUUAUACAGCUGACAGCAGCUAUAUACUUUAAAGAAGUGCUCCAAUUUUGUGACCUUUUUUUUUACUCAUUUUAACUGUAGACAUUAUACCCCAAAUGCUUACCAAGGCUGGGAGUUUUUAUUAAACGAGUUAGAAUUUACAUCUUUA